UCUUCUGGGUUUUACAAUUAGCGUGGUUUACCGGUCUACCGCGGCGUCGUUUUCUGCAGGAACUGUUUUCUCACAGCCUGAGCCUUGGCUUUGUCACAGAGGACCAUGAAGACCUUGGAAACCCUUGGUCAUGCUGUUUGAUUCCACCCUAAAACAGAAGCUGAGGCGAGGAGACUCCUGAUGCUUCUUUACUUCAUCUGAGUGUAACCCCAAUGACUUUUUGCUGCUGACUGGCUGCAAAUGCACUCCCUCCAACAACAUGGCUGAUACUGCAAGGUAAAGAGGUGCUGGGGAGAGACAGAGCUGUCCCAGGAUUUCGUCACAUGGAGGUGAAAGGACAACUAAUAACAUCCAUGGGUCUGGGGUCACCAGAUGUUCAAGGCUGCCAGGAUGGCAAGCUUCAGGCGGAGAGGCUCACAGCUCUGCAGCAAAAGAAAAAAGCUCUGGAGGCCCUCCUCAACAACAGAGUGGGUGAACUCAAGCAAGUCUGUCUGCAGGAGGCAGAGUUGACGGGGAAGCUGCCUCGGGUUUUCCCCUUGGAAUCAGGAGAAAAACCCCCACUGGUGCAGCGCAGAGCUCACUUGGCACCCAACACCAAGAUAGAGGAUGAGACUGCCCAGAGGAAGCAGAUGAAAACUAUCUUCACUGGGGCACUCUACCGCAACUCAGAGUUAGACAGAAAUGUGCAAAACAAGAGGACAGUACACAGAGGCUGUCACACAGAAGAUGCAGUCAUGUCAGAGAGUAUGAGCUCUACGUCAGACACCACAUCCCAUGAAAAUGAGUCUUCUCCCAGCGUGGCAGCAGACCAGCGCUCUUUGUCACAGCCUGGUCUCACUGUGGGGAGUCCUGACCACAGAAUCAGCAGGAAGCUCUCACCAGUCGAGAUUUACUAUGAGAUGAGGACACGACGCAACUCAGCCACAAGCUCUGUCAGCCCCUCUCACUCUUUACCACAAAGUGCAUCAAAUGCUGAGGGCAGAAGUGUUCCAGCGACUCCUCUGUUGGCUCGUACGGCCCCCAUCAGUGUUCACGUCAGGUCGGAUGGAUCAGGAAGUAAUGGCACUAAGCAGUGGUCUGGCAGCCUGGAUGUACCAUACAUGAUCCCCCUGUCUCAAGAGGGCUCCUCAUCGGAGCGCAGAGGGUGCCCUUACAGCUCCCGUGCCAGGCGCAGUAACAGUUCAGAGGCCCUGCUGGACAGGUCUAGUCUGCCUGAUGAUCCCCCUCCUCGUAAUGGGAUGCCCCCCAGAGGAGGGCCCUACAAGAGCUCUGAGACACUUACUGAUGGAAAGCUGCGGCGGAUUAAUUUAGAAAGUCCAGAAAGACGUGUGGACAACUCUGUGGAGCAGGCAAAAAUGCGUCUGUCCAUGGGUGGUCGAGGGACUGGAGGGUACAGCGAGCAGCUGAUGGAUUAUAUCUGGGGCAAACAGCAGAAGAUGCAGCAGCUGUAUCAGUCUACAGGCAGGAUCUGGCAGGACACAUCAUCCCCUCACACAUCUACUGCUGCACCACAGUCUCACGCAAAUGGCUUCUCCCACUCACAGGUGCACCUCCCCAGUGCUGUACCUCCUUUCAGCCCCAUGGUCCUACGAGGAUCUCAAGCUGAACUACGCAGGGUCAAAGUCACUAGAACCAAAUCUUGUGGCCCAUUUAUUCCUUUGCAGCAACAUGAUGCUCUUCUACUCUCAGCGUAUGAGUCACCUCUUCCUUCUUCAGCCACCACUUCGUCCAUUCCCAACUUGCACCCUUACCAAGCUGAGCUGUUGGGUCCGCCAUUCACUCGCAGACCUCCACAAUUCUCUCUUCCCACACCGGAAGACUCCACACGAAGCCUCCACAAGGCUCUAGCACUGGAGGGGCUGAGGGACUGGUACCUCAGGAACGCACUGGGGUAUCCUUCCUCUAAAGGUCAUGAAGCGGGGUCUCGCCUCUCACACCCCCACCCUCUGGUGCACCAGCCCCAGUCGGUCCAGGGUGACCCUACCAACAGCCACAGGCCUCAUAUGCCUCAGUCUGCCAGCUUCCAUGGGCAUCCACUUCACGGAAGAUCAAUGGAGUUCUCUCUGUACCAGGAGAAUGCACAGGAAGCCUCUCCUAAGGAACCCACCGCUGACCCAGGCACCCUGGUCUAAUAGGACUGUACGCAAUAACACCUCAGACAAAACAUGCCCAAAUGUUGAUACAGUGUGACCUCAAAAGAAAAACAAAACAUGGCAACCUCAGCAGAAACUGACUGUAGUCAGUGAUAAACUGUAGCCCCACUGUGUGAAAAGGCCUUGGCAAGUCCUCUGCUGAAGUCAGAGGUGUGUGUGUGUGUGUGUGUGCAAUGCUAGUGCUGUCAUGCACGCUCAAGUUUAUUUAUGACAGUAUGCUGUACACAAACAAACUAUCUUCUUAUU